AGGAUUUGGUCAGGUGGAAAUUUAAUAUUUGAGGAUUUAGUCAAGUGGAAAUUUGCAAUUUGUGGAUUCAGUCAUGUGGUAACUUGGAACUUGAUUUGUUCAAGUAGAAAUUUGGAAUUCAACGAUUUGUUCCGAUAGAAAGUUCAAACCUCAGUAUUAUCUCAGACAGAAAUUUGAAACCUAAAGAUCAUUCAUCAACAUUGAUCGAGCAACAUUGUUCAAAAACACUCAAAUCCCAAACCUAUAAAAUAAAACCUAUAAUAUUGCAAACAAACUUCAAAACAAUUGACAAUCAAUCUGUUCCGUCCGGCCCCUCAGUACCACUCCUUAACCUCUCUUCCUAAACAGACAUCACCCGAUACCUAAAAUCCAGUCUCAUCAACAAUAAAAGACUAAAAAAUAUACUAAAUCAGAUACCAAAUAAGGUACUACAAAUCUUAAUCCAUUUUCGAGUGUGGCUCACCUCGAAAGCUCGAAAAGCCGAUAAUUGGAAUUUAAUUCUUGAUCGGCACUCGAGUCGUUCCGUUAUCAAGGGCCAACUGGAACAAACACUCCCCGGACGAUUGUCCGUGGCCGAAGAGGGGGUCAGGUACACACAGAUACGUGCAAAUACAUUCUCGAAGAAAAUACAACGCAUUCGCGUUAUAUAACGAAUAAUCGGGGACCUAUAUACAGCUGUUUCUUAAAGGAAAGACCAUUUUAGCAAAGUGCGCGGUUCUUGCCGGGUCGAGGACUCGACGGUCGUUGCAUUUUCAACGGAAGAGGAGUAGAGGUACAAGUUCGUAGCCAGUAGAACGAAUCGGCGUUGCUCGUAAAAGUAGAAGGGAGAGGAGGUCAGCCGUUUAUCGAGCGAGCUUAGCGAGUUAACGAGCAACAGAGAUAAAACGAGAGAGGGAGAGCGAGAAAUGGCCCCCACCUACAGCCCAGAGGAAAUAGAGGGGCGCUCGUAUAAGUAUGUCUACAGCCCUGUACCAGUGAGUUCCUCUUCAGCAGUGUACGAUUCAACCACCCUUGGAAAACAGCCCGUCGAGAUCGGUGCCGGUUCAACGAGCUAUCGUGUAUCUAACGGUGUUCAAGACAAGUGUCGUGACUCUAAAAUGACGGAAAAGGGCUCGACGUUCUUGCAGUACGUCGCUGCGGCGGCAGCCAACCUAUGUACCGUAUCAGCCGGAGCCAUGAUGGGCUGGUCCAGCCCAGCGCUGUCGAAGCUGCAGAACGAGAUAGAGGACAAUCCGCUCCAUAGAAAGAUUACUGACGAUGAAAACACUUGGAUCGGUUCGUUGCUGUCGAUCGGAGCGAUGAUUGGUCCCUUCGUUGCUGGAUACUUGGCCGAAAGAUACGGCAGAAAGCGAACACUGCUGAUCUCCGUGGCGCCAUUUCUGGUCGGUUGGAUCCUGAUAGCCUCAGCCACGGUAGUCGUGCAGCUGUACGUAGCUCGAGUGGUACUCGGUUUCGCUUUAGGAUUCGCGUUCACGUGCGUUCCCAUGUACUGCGGUGAAAUAGCCGAGACAUCCGUUAGAGGAGCACUAGGAUCCUUCCUGCAGUUGUUCUGUACUAUUGGUCUGUUGUAUGCGUACUCUAUCGGACCAUACGUAUCCUACCACGUAUUCUGGAUCACCUGCGCCAUUCUGCCUAUCGUGUUCUUCGUAUGCUUCUUCUGGAUGCCCGAGUCACCUAUGUAUCUGCUGAAGGUUGGACACAGGGAAGAAGCGAUCAAGGCUUUGGCGAGACUUAGAGGAAAAUCUGGGGCUAGUGUGCAGAAGGAAGCUGAUGAAAUGCAGGCGGCCAUCGACGAAGCUUUCAAAGAGGAGGCCAAGCUUUCGGACCUGUUCACGGUGAAGGCCAACACGAAGGCACUGAUCUACACGUGCUUGCUCGUCGCCUUCCAGCAGCUCAGCGGUAUCAACGUGGUCCUGUUCUACAUGGACGGUAUUUUCAAGAGCGCGAAAGUCGCGUUGGAGACCUCGCUCGCGACCAUCAUCGUAGGAGUAGUGCAAGUGCUUGCCUCGUGUGUCACACCUUUCGUCGUUGACAGACUUGGCAGAAGAAUGCUGCUCGUUUUCUCUGGCGUUGGCGAGAUCGUCAGUUUGGGCGCCCUCGGCAUCUACAUGUACCUGCAAGAUGUCCAAAAGUCAGACGUGAGCAGUAUCUCGUUCCUGCCGAUUCUCGCUCUGGUCGUGUUCAUCUCGACCUACAGCGUCGGUUCAGGUCCCGUUCCAUGGUCCGUGAUGGGUGAAAUGUUCGCCUCUGACGUAAAAUCGAAGGCUUCCGGUAUCACGGUAUUCGUCUGCUGGACGCUCUCCUUCUUCAUCACGAAAUUCUCCAAGAACUUGCAAAAUGCGCUCGGUAACUACAUGCUGUACUGGGUGUUCGGUGUGUUCUGUGUGAUCAGCGUGCUGUUCACUGUGCUGGUGUUGCCCGAAACGAAGGGCAAGAAUUUGCAACAGAUCCAAGACGAGUUGAACGGCGUGAGCCCCUCGGUUCCCGAGUUUGGUGACUCGAGUAAGAAAUGAAAACAGUAUUACGGUACAUGGGGAUGAAUAACCGUGCUCUUGGUCGUUCUUCUCGUCCCCGUGAUACCCUGAUCGAACCAUUUGUUUCCUCCUUUUACAAGCGCGUUAAUAUACUGCCAAAGGCCGUGAUCGCGGUUCUGGAUCCUUACGGACGGACUAGAGACGAGUGGACAUUAAUUUAGGAUCGUAGAAACGGGUCGGGUCGACAACGCUCACGAUUUUUAGGUAUACGUGUGUGUACAUAGGCGGACGGGGGAAACUGAACAGUUUUGGACGAGUGUCUUUCGAUACCGCAGUCUUAUAUUUUUUUUAAAUUGCUCUUGAUGACGGUUCUUGUAAAUUGCUGUUGAUGGACGAUUCAUGUGAAUUGUUGUUGAUGGAUGGUUCAUGAAAAAAUUGUAGUUCAUGGAUGGUUCAUGUAAAUUGCAGUUCAUGAAACAAUUGUAGUUGACGGUUUAUGCAAAUUGUCUAUUGAUGUGCAAAAUAUUGGUUAAGUGUUUAGUAGGUCACUGAAGUACUAUCAUCUACUUGGACUUAAAGUUUACAUCACUAGAACAAACAGUUAGUAGGUAAAAUAAUUUACCAUCCUCGUAAACUGCGCAACUAUUAAACUUGACAUUGAAUAAAGAACUUAUCUUCAUAUAGAGGACUGCAAACAAGAUGGCAACAGUAGAGCUACAGGCAAGUUAUUCGCUGCAACUUUUACCACAGCUUUGAAACUGUCAUGUCCAAACUGCUUUGCUAACAAUUUGAGCAGGUCUUUAGAUGUAUUUUGAACGACUCGCAAAGUUACACCGGUAGCUUUUGUGAAUAAACACAGAUUUGAUCGACUUGGCGAUAUCGAAUGACACUCGAAAACCUGUGAUCUGUCCCGUUUCUGGUCACGUCCGCGCAAUAAUAGUUUCUAAAUAUAUUUAUUUCCCGACUUUUAGCCGUUCAACGCGUCGUUUCAUAUAUAUGUAAGUCUCAUGCGAUUCUUCGAAUCCCUGCACGAUAAUUUAACGCGUUCGGUCCAGGUCCUCCAAGAUGGCCGCCUCUUUGGAGUCGUUCGAAACAGUAUCUCAAACUUAAAACUUACUGUAAAACUAAGAACCUUAGUCUUUGGAGAUUCAGAUAAACUCAUCACUCUCCAUAUUUUUAUUUACAACCACACUGUACCCAAACCUAUUCAAGACACGAACGCGUUAACGUCGUAAGUUUGAUCAGACUCCGCGGAAAAUGAAGAUUAAGAUCGAUGAUUCAGAUUAAAGCGUCAUCGGGCGUCCCCUCGCAAAAUGGCGUUCGGAAAUUCCGCGGGUCGAUGGCUAGGUUGAAAACUGACGUUCUUCGAGAGCAUGUUACUCGAAUACUAAAUAAAAAAGACCUAGACGACAUUCCUAUUUCACGUGCGAAGAUGGAUACCGAUGUUCCUAAGCGAUUCGAAGAGUUUCUUGACGUUCUUUGUGUUUCGGAAAAGCGGUGGAAUUGAUUAGACUAGUAGACGAGAAGCAAUAUUUUCUACAUCCUCUAGAGUAUCGUUGGAAUUCACGUUACGGAAUAUUUUUUGGAAUUCCAGUAUUCUACGAUUCGUUCGGUGUAUUCGAACGAGACAGGGGAAUCGACGAUGGAUCAAUUUUUAGUCGAUUAGAAACACCGUAGUAUUUUUUGUUAAGAACGUUUCCUUAUCACCUUAGUGUCAGUGUAUAAUUUUAGGUUUAGUCGAUGAUUUUAAGCAUAAUUCAACUUCUAUUUGGAGUAUUGUUUUUAGACAUUGCGCGUGUACUAUCACUUUUUUGUUCAGCGACUGUACUUACCUAACUCAGCUACGUACCAAAGAUCCUAACCUACCCGUUAACCCUUUGCGAACCUUCGAGUCAGGAAUAAGAAGGCAAGGAAUAAAAAUCAAGUACAUAAACAUUAGUACUCGUGUUUAAAUAUUGAAAUUGUUUGCAUAUUUAAUAUGAAAAAACUGACACCUCAGAGAAUAUUUAGAAAUAUUCACAGUAGUGAAAAUUAUAGAAAUGAUUUGAUUCGCAAAGGGUUAAGAAACUUCUUUUUGGAUCAACACGCGCACAAGAAUUUUUACAGCAACACUUGUAUCUUAUUUACAUUAUUUUGUAACUUUAAAGGAUGUGCCAAACGCGUUGUUAAGAUUGCACGAGUGUUAGCGGAAUGACGAAAGACAUAUCAAUUAACCGAGCGUUUUCAACGACAUAUCUUCGAAGCACAAACUUAUCGUAAGUUAAAUACAAUUAGAAAAUUACUUCGUAAACGCGUUAAUUACCGCAGCGAGUCGCACGACAAAAACUAGUUUUAUGCCAAUUGUUCUUCCCUUUUAUAUACGUAAAUAAAUGACAGUUACCGUUAAUACGAUAUCAAAAUACGAUCUAUUUCUGCGCGAGCAAAAAAUCAGGAGCAAAAAGAACUACGCUGGUAAAGUGAUUAACGAUCAAACUUGAUUGCAUGCAUAUUCAUGAAACAUGAAGAGAGUCGAGACUGCAGGAUAUCAAGGAUAGAAUUUUUGUUCGAUGAAAAAUACUGUAAACUUCCUGCCGGUGCAGCCCUUUUUUAGGAAAUUGUUGCAUUCAUUAUGCAACGACGUUUUGUUCGUGUACGCAAUCUCGAGAUUGCAGCUGCGCGAUUGUAAAAUCGAUCGUUCUUUUCCUUCGUUCGAGAGCAAUAAAAUUUUCAGAGACUUGAAAAUACUGCGGCACUCAAGGAAAUCGCGUUCGAGUGUACGACUACAGUCUACCAAAUGUGAAGUACUUUUUUACGUUUCGUGCUGUAAUUUUUUUAAUCGCGGUGCACUUCAAAUUUAAAUAUUCGUAUGCAAAUUCAAACUGGAUAAAUAUCAAAUUUGAAGUAUAUUUAUCUCUAAAUGUAAAUAAUGCAUUGAAUAUUACAGAGAUGUCAAAGUUAAUUUCAGUCAAAGUAGAUAAAUAAAAAAUUUGGAAUAUUCUUCAGAUAUUUUCUCAAAGUUAAUUUCAGUCAAAGUAAAAAUAAAAAAUUUGGAAUAUUCUUCAGAUAUUUCCUCAGAUUCUGACCUAAAUUUUAACUCAACAGUAAUGAACCCAAAUUUUAAUCUACAUUUAGAGUUUCCACAAAUUUUAAAUAUACAGCACGAAACGUGAAAAAAGAAUUGAAAAAAAUACAGCGCACAUUAGUCGAAGCACAAUGAAAUUUUAACGAUAAUGAUUUCUACACGCGAUUGCGAGAUAGGUUUUAUAAUAAGGAACGGUGAGAAAUGUUUUGUACGAAGUAACGAGAGAGUGUGAUAUACGUAUCAAUCUAAUCAGGGUACAAAUCAGUUGUUUGGGAAGAUUUUAAUCGACGAUGCUCCAGAGAUAUAUAUCUAUAUUUUCCAUACGAAUCGUCAUCCGACGCGACUGUACAUAUUAAUAUUAUAUACGCGUUACUACAUAGUAUAAGUACGAUAAAUACUUUUGUACACACUUGUUAUGGCUAAAUAAAUUAUAACUUUGAAGUAUUAUGCACGAA